UAGUGCACGUGCACGGCGUCCGUACAACUCUGCGUACAGUGUGUGUUGUGUCCAAGUGCGCAAGCGCUCCGCCGUUCUCACGUGCGUUUGUUGUGGUCGUUCGUUUGAUGCGGUGCGCCGCAUUGCGUUGGCGCGUGGACGACCGGACGUUUUUGACAAUACCAUUGCGGUUGUUGUUUAUUUGUUUUUGUUUUUGUUUUCGUCGGGCAACCAGUCAUCGGCCUCGACCGCCUCAAAUAGAGUGAUCUGCACAGAGGACGGCCAAAACGCUAUCGAUUUUUUGAUUUAUAUAGUGAUGUCCCACUGUUGAUGAACAAGCCUCGAACCGUUUGCCAUGAGAUUCGGCCGAAGAUAUUUGGCUCUAAUGUUUACAAACAUCAUCAACCCUUCGUCAGAGCACGGCCCUUUGGCCCCUUUGGCGUCGUUCGAAUCGCCUGGUUCCGGCUUCGAUUCGAACAGCACGAGGUCCGAGAAGAACUGCUCUUUUCGCGACUUCGUCCUGAGCGACAAAUGGAGACAACUCUUUGAUAAGUACGAUCCCGAGGGAUUCGGAGAGAUCCCGUGGAACGAUUUCCUGGUUUUGCUGGACACUCCAGAAUUUGUCGAGAUGAUUUCCCGGGAGAAACGAGAAUUGUUCAUCGAAAGAUGUCGUCAAUCUAGCAACACGUCGGCCAUCACUUUUCAGGAUUUCGUCAAUAUCAUGUCCGGCAAACGGAGGCGAAGCUUUAAAUGUGCCAUUCACCACAGGGACAAAGAAGUGAACAGCCUAAACGACUUUCAUAUACUAAUCAAAAAACCGACGUUACGCCAAAAAAUGGUGCGUUUAGUGGCAGACGAGUUCUUGACGGACGAAAGAGACCGAAAGUACUACGCUGACAACUACCGGUGCUGCCCACCGCCACUCUUCAUACUCAUGAUAACGAUUUUCGAAUUGGGAGCAUACCUCUACUAUUAUUCAUUAAGUUUGGAUUCAACGCCACCGCCAGACUUAUGGGGCCCUUAUGCAGCUCCUUCAGUGCCAAUGGACAGUGUUUUCAUCUACAGACCGGACAAAAGACAGCAGUUGUGGAGAUUUAUGCUGUACAUGUUCCUCCAUGCCAGUUGGGUAACAUUGGUGUUCAACUUGACCGUUCAGCUGCUCGUGGGUCUUCCGUUGGAAAUGGUGCACGGCUCCCUCCGGAUAGGCGUCGUCUACAUAGCCGGCGUAUUAGCAGGUUCUCUGGGCACUUCGGUAUUCGACAGCAACGUGUGUCUAGUUGGAGCUUCGGGCGGCGUUUACGCUCUCUUGGCCGCUCAUUUGGCAAAUGUAUUGUUGAACUACAACAACAUGGAAUUUGGAGUUUUCCGUUUGCUUGGCCUACUGUUCAUCGCCAGCGUUGAUGUGGGCUUUGCCGUUUACUGGCGGUACGCUUUCGAACCCUUCUCCUCCAACUCCCCUCCCGUCAGCUACGUGGCCCACAUAGCCGGAGCUUUGGCCGGCCUGACCAUAGGACUGUUGGUGUUGAAGAACUUUGAGCAAAAACUACACGAGCAGCUCAUCUGGUGGUUUGCCUUGGGCGUGUACGCCAUUUGCACCCUGUUCGCGGUCGCAUACAACCUGAGUCAUCCCGACAGCAUCGCCUAAGACGCUAAACCUUAAACCACCCCCUCCCCCACCCCCCGGACCGUCCGACGUCGCCCCCGGCAAUAAUUUACAAUUAUUAUCAUUAUUAUUUAUUCUUCCAUGUGUAAAUCUUCGUACUGUCUAAUUUUUUUUUUUGUUUUCCCUCAUUUUGUUUAUAUAAUUAUUAUUAUUACUACUAUUAUUAUUAUUAUUAUUUAAUUUAUUUAUUAUUAUGUCUGUGAUUUUUUUUUGUCCACGUUUACAAUUAUUAUUAUUAUUAUUCGAAUGCGAAUCUCUAGACAUUUUUUUUUUUUUUAUAUAUAUUAUUAUUAUUACUUUUUUUUCGGUACGUUUUUCCAUACAAGCAUGUGUUAUUUCGCGAAUCCAUCGUUAUUCGUUAUUAUAUUUAAAAAAAAAUGUAUAUAUUAUGUAUAGAUACUGCACGCACUUAACUAAGGGAAAAAAAAGACAAAAAAUAUUACAACUAUAUUAUCUAAAAAAAAUCUUUGCUAUGUAUUUAAAAAGCGGUUUCGUAUUUUUUUUUUUUUUUGCAUAAUACAAGUAUAGUCUAAAUGAAAAACACUAUUCUCGAGACAAUUCAUUGAAAAAUUAAGCAUGCUUGAUAACUGAAUUAUGUAAAUACUAACGGGUUAAUCGUUUUGAACACGUUUUUGAUUUUCUAGCUUUAUUAUAUAAUUGUAUUUAAUACUGCCAACACUUAUUUUUUAUUUAUAAUUAUUUUCAUUCGCAGUUUUUUUUAUUUUGGCUCGCGUUUGCAAUAUUAUUACUGUUGUAAAAAAUUAGUAGGUAUGUCAAAGUUUGAAAUUCGACAAUUUCCAUAUAGAAAUACAGCGAACGAAAAGUUGAUAUUUUCCGUUCAUGCAAAAUACACGAGAAAACAUAUUGAUGUAGUUCAGUUUCUCCGUACGUUUUGUCCAAGUAGAAUAAUAUAAAUUGCUGGACUGCUUUAAACUGCGUUACAAUAAUAUGCAAUUAUUUUAGUCCAGUUAGCGGAAAGAGAAAUAAUUGUUCAUAAGGGGAAAAAAAUUAACAUGUUCGUGUCGUUCGUGCUAAAUAAAAUAUUUAAUUAUACAAUUAUUGUUAUUAUCAUAUAAUUUUUUCUAGCCGUAUAGCGUUUUAGUUGUAAAUAAUAAAAUAUACCUCUACGGGUGAAACAGUUCAUGUACUAUCGUAUAUUAUUAUUAUGUUCUGUGUAAUAUUGUUAUUGAUUACAAAAUACGAGUAUUUAUAAUCGGUAUAUAUUGAUUCUUGUCAUAAUACAAAUCUAGUCAUACAACCUAUAAUAUAUAUUUAUUGUACUAUCUAUGUUUAUAAUUAAAUCAUAUUAUUACUUUAGGGAUAAUAAUAUAUCCGGCGUCGUUUCACAAACACACGACCUUUUAUUUUAUGUGUUAUUAUAAAAUAAUAGCAAGUAUAAUUAUACACUAUAUUAAUUAUUUUGUGUGUUUUACUCAAUGUGAAAAAAACCUAUAUAUUUAUUAUUAUUAUUAUCAUUAUAAUGUUG